CGCCAUCAGCUCCAGCUCAAUCCCCCUCCCUUCAAUCCAACUCCACCUCCACAAAAAUCCUAUCCAUUCUCCACCAAACAGCUCACGAGAUUUCAUCAUCUCCUGCUAAAAAUUGCGUCUUUUUCUGGCUAAAGACCCAUUACUGAAGUUAAAAAAUAAUUCCCUUUUGCUGUCCAUUUCGACGAUCCAAUUAUUUUUUUUGUUGUGUUUUGCAUCGUGGAUUUGGACCACGCGCACCACCACAACCAAUCCCCUCGUCCAUUUCCAAUUCCAUCCUGCCCCCAACAAUCCCAAUCUCCGGUCGAAAGAACUCCACUAGGAGAAAUCCCCAAUCAUUUCUUGGUGCAUUUGCCCCCCCUCCGUCAUCAGAGAAAUCCCAAGAAACAUCUCCCAAUUCGUCCCCCCCAAAUCGCCCCCACACCGCACCAGAUCACAGCUCAUAAUUCCAGUGAGAAUUCGAAAAGGAGGAAGCAAUGACGGAGGUGGCGCUCCUCCGGGGCCCGACCAACCUCGCUUCCCCCGCAAGCCGCGCCUCCACCUCCUCCUCGCUGCGCUAUUUAGCCAAUGCCGACAGCGACGUGCUCCCGGGAAGCGGCAGCCAGGAGCAGCCUGCGGGAUCUACAGGGAGCCGAGGACUCCGAGAACGGCGGGGGCAACAGGCAGGGGGGUCAGAGGAGGAGGAGGAAGAAGAGGAGGAGGAGGAGCGGUGGUCGUUCUUGGCGCUGCUGUUUGAGCUGCUGCGGAAGUCGCUGCUCGGGUGCAGAACGGUGGGCGCCGGCGCCGGCGAGGUCCAACGCGGCGGCUGCGGGAUGGAGAUUGGGUUGCCCACGGACGUGCAGCACGUGGCGCACGUCACGUUCAAUAGGUUCCAUGGAUUCCUGGGGCUCCCCGUCGAGUUCGAGCUAGAGGUGCCCCGCCGCGCUCCCAGUGCCAGUGCAAGUGUCUUCGGAGUUUCAACAGAAUCAAUGCAGUGUUCCUACGAUUCGAGAGGAAACAGUGUCCCAACAAUCCUCUUGAUGAUGCAAAGACGCCUAUAUGAACAAGGCGGACUUCAGGCAGAAGGUAUCUUCCGUAUUAACGCGGAGAAUAGCCAGGAGGAGCUUGUGAGAGACCAGUUAAACAGUGGAAUUGUUCCAGAUGGCAUUGAUGUCCACUGUUUGGCAGGUCUAAUCAAAGCCUGGUUUAGGGAGAUGCCAAGUGGGGUGCUGGACCCUAUCCCACCUGAACAGGUGAUGCAAUGCCAAUCUGAAGAGGAUUGUGCUCGGGCUGCAAAAUGCCUUCCGUCAGCUGAAGCAGCUUUGCUUGACUGGGCUGUUAAUCUGAUGGCUGAUGUAGUCCAAGAAGAACAGAUAAACAAAAUGAACACUCGAAAUAUUGCUAUGGUUUUUGCACCGAAUAUGACUCAGAUGGCAGAUCCUUUGACUGCACUGAUGUAUGCAGUGCAAGUGAUGAAUUUUCUCAAGAUGUUAAUACAGAAGACUCUCAAGGAUAGAGAAGAGUCCAAUCUCGAGGAUGUUUCACUGCCCCAGAAGGAUCCAUCUGAUGAGAAUGGGCAUCAGAAACCCAGCGUGACACUUGAUUCUCUACUUGAGGAAGGAUCCAGGCGUCCCUCUUUCGUCAAUGAAGAGCCCCUUCUGAACAGUCCUGCACACAGCUCUGAGGACAAACCUAAUGAAUUUAAUGCUGCUGAAGGAGCCACUGCUGCUUUCACUGCCCAGACAAGUGAAAUCCUGGCAAGUAGGGAGAGCUCCACUAGUUGCUCACAACCUGCACUUGCUACUCCGGCUGCUACUUCUGAUGCUUCUGGUGCAACAGCUACAAAUUCUCUUCAAGGCAAGGGGAGCCGAAGCCUGAAUCGUAGGAGGACCAGAAACGUCAAGGGCCAGUCUGGAACACGUGCCACACCUGCAGAUGAGAAAUCAAGAGGUGUGAGCAUUGUGAGCCGAAUAAACUCCAAGGUUGAACGGAUCGAAGCAUGGAGAUGAAAUCAAAAUCGCAUUGCUGCUAUUAUUGUGUACUAGAUGACUGACCCAAUGUUUCCUGAACAUAGGACCCUCGACUGCUUUGCUUGCACAUUUUGCGUUUUCUAUGUAUCAUUUCUUGAUGUAUCAUGGUCAUGGUAUUUUCGGAUUCAAUCUUCUUUCCUUCACUAACUUUUGUAUCUUUCUUAUGAUUACCGCUGGACUGAAUGAAAGAUAAUGCUUUUCAUUGUACAUAAAUCUCUUCUAUGCCUAAAUUAAGAAGUGCCUGACAGUUCAGGUA